UUUGUGCGAUCACGCUUUAAAAAGAAUAAAUUCUUACCGUUUAUUUAGAGUCAAAAGAAAAGUAGAAUAUUAACUUUAACUUACAUACAUUAGAACAUGAAACUGCAAGUAUCAAAAUCAAAGGGUAAUAUGGUUGAAUUAAAAAUAGAAAAAGAUCAGAUGGAAGUGGAUGAAAAUGCCAAAGGAGAUGGCCUUAAACAAUAUUACAUUACAAAGAUUGAAGAAUUGCAACUUAUUGUCUCGGAAAAAACUCAAAAUUUAAGGCGUCUUCAGGCUCAAAGGAAUGAGCUUAAUGCUAAAGUUCGGAUGUUGCGUGAGGAGUUACAGUUAUUACAAGAACAAGGAUCUUAUGUUGGUGAAGUUGUUAAACCUAUGGACAAGAAGAAAGUACUUGUUAAAGUUCAUCCUGAAGGCAAAUUUGUUGUUGAUAUUGAUAAAAAUAUUGAUAUUAAUGAUGUUACACCUAACAGCAGAGUUGCUCUAAGAAACGACAGUUACACUUUGCAUAAAAUUCUCCCAAACAAGGUGGAUCCUUUGGUUAGUUUAAUGAUGGUUGAAAAAGUUCCUGACUCUACAUAUGAAAUGGUUGGAGGUCUGGAUAAACAAAUAAAAGAAAUUAAAGAGGUCAUUGAGCUUCCCGUCAAACAUCCAGAGCUUUUUGAAGCCCUUGGAAUUGCUCAACCUAAAGGUGUGUUGUUAUAUGGACCUCCUGGUACAGGAAAAACAUUGCUUGCCAGGGCUGUUGCUCACCAUACAGACUGCACAUUUAUUAGAGUUUCUGGAUCUGAGUUAGUACAAAAGUUCAUUGGUGAAGGGUCAAGAAUGGUCAGAGAACUUUUCGUUAUGGCAAGAGAGCAUGCACCAUCUAUUAUUUUUAUGGAUGAAAUUGAUUCAAUAGGAUCAUCAAGAAUUGACGCUGGUUCUGGUGGGGACAGUGAAGUUCAGAGAACAAUGCUUGAACUUUUAAACCAGCUAGAUGGAUUCGAAGCAACUAAAAAUAUUAAAGUUAUCAUGGCCACAAAUAGGAUUGAUAUACUUGAUCCUGCUCUUCUUAGACCAGGACGUAUCGACAGAAAAAUUGAAUUUCCUCCUCCGAAUGAAGAGGCUCGAUUGGACAUCUUGAAGAUUCACUCUCGAAAGAUGAAUUUGACCAGGGGCAUUAAUCUCCGUAAAAUAGCUGAAAUGAUGCCAGGAGCAUCUGGGGCAGAAGUUAAAGGUGUUUGUACAGAAGCUGGAAUGUAUGCUCUUAGAGAAAGAAGGGUGCAUGUUACACAGGAAGACUUUGAAAUGGCAGUUGCUAAGGUCAUGCAAAAGGAUGCUGAGAAAAAUAUGUCCAUCAAAAAGCUGUGGAAAUAAAUAUUUGCAUUGUGUACUGUAUUUUCUGUUACUUAAAAGCUCAUCAUUAAACGAAACUACAAAUAUUGUGCAGUUCAUGAACAGUUCACUUGUGUAUGACAGUAUCAUUGCUGCUAUGUUGUAUUUAUUUUAGUGAUAACAAUGUACUUUUUUGCUUCAUUGUAUAUUAGUGGUUAGUUAAAACUAAGUUACUUUUUCCAUACAUUGUUUUCUAAUACUUGGGAAUGAAUGAACUCUUAAAAAUAUGUUUAAUAAAGUAAUUCUAUAUUUCUUUUA